CGCCGCCGCCGCCGGGCGCUGAGCGUCGUACGGGGAGGAGGAGCGGGAGCUGGAGGAGGAGCCGCCGCCGCCGCCAGCUUCCUGCUUGACAUAACUCACUUCAAGAAGUGCACAAUGUCAGAACGUGGAAUUAAGUGGGCUUGCGAAUAUUGUACGUAUGAAAACUGGCCAUCUGCAAUCAAAUGCACUAUGUGUCGUGCCCAAAGACCUAGUGGAACAAUUAUUACAGAAGAUCCGUUUAAAAGUGGUUCAAGUGAUGUUGGUAGAGAUUGGGAUCCUUCCAGCACCGAUCCUUUGAUAUGUCCAGACUCUAGUGCAAGACCAAGGGUUAAGUCUUCAUACAGUAUGGAAAAUGCAAAUAAAUGGUCAUGCCACAUGUGCACAUACUUGAACUGGCCAAGAGCAAUCAGAUGUACCCAGUGCUUAUCCCAGCGUAGGGCGAGGAGUCCCACAGAAUCUCCUCAAUCCUCAGGAUCUGGCUCAAGACCAGUUGCUUUUUCUGUUGAUUCUUGUGAGGAAUACAAUGAUAGAAAUAAACUGAACACAAGGACCCAGCAUUGGACUUGUUCUAUUUGCACAUAUGAAAACUGGGCCAAGGCUAAAAAAUGUGUUGUUUGUGACCAUCCCAGACCUAAUAAUAUUGAAGCAAUAGAGUUGGCAGAGACUGAAGAGGCUUCUUCAAUAAUAAAUGAGCAAGAUAGAGCUCGUUGGAGGGGAAGCUGCAGUAGUGGUGGUAAUAGCCAAAGAAGAUCACCUCCUACUACAAAACGAGACUCUGAAGUUAAAAUGGAUUUUCAAAGGAUUGAAUUGGCUGGUGCUGUUGGCAGCAAGGAGGAACUUGAAGUGGACUUCAAAAAACUAAAGCAAAUUAAAAACAGGAUGAAAAAGACUGAUUGGCUAUUCCUCAAUGCUUGUGUGGGAGUCUUAGAAGGUGAUUUAGCUGCCAUAGAAGCAUACAAAUCAUCAGGAGGAGAUAUCGCACGCCAGCUUACUGCAGAUGAAGUACGCUUACUGAAUCGCCCUUCUGCCUUUGAUGUUGGCUACACCCUGGUACACUUAGCCAUACGUUUCCAGAGGCAGGAUAUGCUAGCAAUAUUGCUUACAGAGGUGUCUCAACAAGCAGCAAAAUGUAUUCCAGCAAUGGUGUGUCCUGAACUGACAGAACAAAUCCGGAGGGAAGUCGCUGCCUCUCUUCAUCAGAGAAAGGGGGAUUUUGCUUGCUAUUUCCUAACUGACCUUGUAACAUUUACAUUGCCAGCAGAUAUUGAAGACUUACCCCCAACAGUUCAAGAAAAAUUAUUUGAUGAGGUGCUUGAUAGAGAUGUUCAAAAAGAGUUAGAAGAAGAAUCCCCAAUUAUAAACUGGUCCUUGGAGUUGGCUACACGUUUGGAUAGUCGACUGUAUGCCCUUUGGAAUCGAACUGCAGGGGACUGCGUACUUGACUCAGUACUACAAGCUACCUGGGGUAUUUAUGACAAGGACUCGGUGCUUCGGAAAGCCCUGCAUGACAGCCUGCAUGACUGUUCACAUUAGUUUUACACACUCUGGAAAGAUUGGGAAUCCUGGUAUUCUCAGAGCUUUGGUUUACAUUUUUCCUUAAGAGAAGAACAGUGGCAAGAAGACUGGGCAUUUAUCCUCUCUCUUGCUAGUCAGCCUGGAGCAAGUUUGGAACAGACACACAUUUUUGUCCUUGCCCAUAUUCUUAGACGACCAAUUAUAGUUUAUGGAGUAAAAUAUUAUAAGAGUUUCCGGGGAGAAACUUUAGGAUAUACUCGAUUUCAAGGAGUCUAUCUGCCUUUGUUGUGGGAACAGAGUUUUUGUUGGAAAAGUCCUAUUGCUCUGGGGUACACAAGGGGCCACUUCUCUGCUUUGGUUGCCAUGGAAAAUGAUGGCUAUGGCAACCGAGGUGCUGGUGCUAACUUGAACACCGAUGAUGAUGUCACCAUCACGUUUUUGCCUCUGGUUGACAGUGAAAGAAAGCUACUCCAUGUGCAUUUUCUGUCUGCACAGGAGCUAGGUAAUGAGGAACAGCAAGAAAAACUGCUCAGGGAGUGGCUGGACUGCUGUGUGACUGAAGGGGGAGUUCUGGUAGCUAUGCAGAAAAGCUCUCGCUGGCGGAAUCACCCCCUGGUCACACAGAUGGUAGAAAAAUGGCUUGACCGCUACCAGCAGAUCCGGCCUUGUACAUCCCUAUCUGAUGGAGAGGAAGAUGAAGAUGAUGAAGAUGAAUGAAGAAAAACUUAUGGAGCAGAAGACCAAGGCAUCAGAAUCUGUGAUGACCCCCAAGUUAGCUUGGUGCUCCAAGCAGAGUGUAUAGCAUGAAAUGAACCAAAUCUGGCAGGAUCUGCUCAGAAGUAUUUUUCUGAUCCACACCCAGUGGAGAUAAUUAAUGCAUCUGCUGCAUGAGGAGACAAGAGAACUGGUUGAACUACAGUUUGUAUAAAACAAAAAACAAAAAAACUAAUUUUAUUAAGACAGAACUUUUUUCUUUCAAAUUGUAAAUCUGUCUAUAAAUGUAAUGCAUGUGGUUGUGUAAGAAAUUGUGUAAUAGGAAAAGUUGUACCAGCAUCUUCAUAUUGAGAAAACUUUUUUCCAGCAUGGGCACUUACAAAAAAGCACAUGCAGACCACUCUUAUUCCUUUGAGAUGUUCUCUUCAUUAGAACCUGGCAUUCUAUUUUCACCUUAAAAGAUCCAUUUUACAUUUAGUCUGAGAUCUGGAAACUUUGUACAAAUUGUCCACAGCAAAACAUAAUAAAUAAGCUUAUAUUUUAUUUAUUUAGUUCCUGUUGUGCCCGAUAAAAUCAAACCUUUUAGGAACAAACUACAAGAAAAGCUAAUAAUCGUUGAGUGAACUUCAUAGCUUCCUUGGAGAGUUUUUAGUUUCAAAUUUGUCAUUUUUGGGUUUUAUGAUUUGCUCCUUUGAGCAUUUAGAUACUUGUGGACUUGUCUGGAAGAAUGCCCUGAAGUGAAUGUUCUUGCCCCAGACUCUGGGCAGCAGUUGGGAAGGGAAGGGAGCAGGCUCACUUCUCACUGAGUAGAUCGUGUCAAAUUUGUUCCCUUCAGCUCCAUCCACAUUGUUUUACUCCUAAAUUGCCAUGCAGAGAACCUUUGGAUUCUUCCCAUCUCCUGUUAUCACCUUUGCUCUAAGCAAAUGCUGUUAGGAUGCUGUGCCUUUGCUUAGACUGAUUGGGAAUACAAUUCAGUGCAGAAUAAAGAUUUUUAAAAAUGCAAAA